AUGUCACCAUCACAUCUGUUGUCCUUUGUUGUUUAUUGUACGGGCUGGACGCUGUCGGCCCAGCAGGACGCCAUCCAGAAGACGUUCCGCUUCGCCAAUUUCCGCCAGGCGUGGGCGUUCAUGUCGCGCGUGGCGGAGGAGGCGGAGCGCCGCAACCACCACCCGGAUUGGAGCAACUGCUACGGCCGCGUCGACGUCACGCUGACGUCACAUGACGUGCGCGGCAUCAGCCGUCGCGACGUCCAGCUGGCGACAUUCGCCGACACGGCUGCUGCGGUGACGUCAGAGUGACGUCAUGGGACGAGUUUCGUGGAGUUGGUUGCUGGUGCGACGUCUGGUGCGAGUGACUUCAGGCGGUGAUGUUCGCCGGUGUGACGUCAUAUGACGGCGUUCGUCUACGCCGUCACCGAGGUGACGUCUUAUAGUGAGCUUCGCUGCUGCGGCCGGUGCUGUGAUUUUGGAAUUACGCUGCGUUUAUUCUCCACGGGAAUAAAAUGUUUC